GAUACUAGCGGUCGCGGAAUUGCGUACAGGUGCGGGGAUCCUGCCAGGUGGGCUGCUGUAGCCGAGCUCCAGACCCUCUGCCGUGCCUUAGGGGCAGGGCGCUGCUGUGGCGCACGGCGGGGCAGUGGGCGAGAGGAGGAUGGCUCCUUUGCAGUAAAGCCAGCGCCUGAAACGGGGGAGGAGGUGGGUCGUGCCACCCCUCCCAAAUAGUCUCUGCCAUUAAUGCCGUUUCUCUCCUGCUGCGCAGGAGUCCCUGGGAAUAUAAUUCACCUACCACUGUCUUCAGCAGGAAAGAGGCUAAUCCCAUUUUGCGAUUUACCGUGCCCGCCGCGAGCAGGUGAGGCCGCGGCGGAGGUGGGUGUCGUGGGCCUGGGCCGUGCCCCUACCCGGCUGGCACCCGCCUGCUGCAGGAUGUCUGUAACAGAUCAAGCCUUUGUGACCCUUGCUACCAAUGAUGUGUACUGUCAAGGUGCGCUGGUUCUUGGACAGUCAUUGAGGAACCAUACGACAUCUAGAAAAUUGGCAGUACUAAUUACACCAGAGGUUUCCAGUGGGAUGAGGUCUGUCCUCUGCAGCGUGUUUGAUGAAGUCGUUGAGGUGGAUACACUUGACAGUGCUGACUCAGUUCGUUUGGCUCUGAUGCAGAGGCCAGAACUAGGUGUAACUUUCAGUAAGCUUCACUGUUGGACUCUUACUCAUUAUAGCAAAUGUGUCUUCAUGGAUGCAGACACAUUGGUGCUUUGCAAUGUUGAUGAAUUAUUUGAUCGAGAAGAGUUUUCUGCAGCUCCUGAUUCUGGCUGGCCUGACUGCUUUAAUAGUGGUGUGUUUGUGUUCCGACCUUCUUUGAAAACUUACAACCUUCUGCUCCGGUUUGCUGCUGAACAUGGCAGCUUUGAUGGAGGUGAUCAAGGUUUAUUGAAUAGUUUCUUCAGCAAUUGGGCAACCGCAGAUAUUGGAAAACACUUACCUUUCCUCUAUAACUUAAGCAGCAGUGCUGUAUACACCUACAUCCCUGCUUUCAAUCAUUUUGGUAGAGAUGCCAAGGUUGUUCACUUCUUGGGAGCGACGAAGCCCUGGAACUACAGAUACAACCUUCAAACAGAGAGAGUUAUGCAUGAUGGCACUACCUCUGGAUCAUUUCAUCAGCUGUCAUUUCUUGCCCUCUGGUGGAAUAUAUACAGUGCCAGUGUAUUGCCUUUGUUAGAAAAACUUGGAAAGGUGAAAGAAUCAGAAUCUGAGGAAUGCAAGCACACUUCCAAUGGAGUUGAAAUCGCCCUAAAAAAGGUCAGUCCUUAUGUGGCCAAUACACUGCAAAUGCCUGUGCUUCCAGAGGAGGUGUAUGAAAUAGAUGCCACAGCAUGUUCAUCUGAGGAAUUCACUUUUCAAACUUUGUGUGGAGCUGAACAAAGCAGUUCUAACGUCCAUCUCUCUGAGCCUGAGGGACCUUCAGGACAACUUGUAUUUCACCCUGCGUUUCAGGAUACCUCAGAACUGAAUGAGGUUGCACAUUCCAUUUCAGAGCUGUCUAUUCAUGUCAAACCAGAAGAACCAAGUCCAGAAGAUGAACGGAGAAAAUGGGAGGAAGGGCACAUGGACUAUAUGGGGAAAGAUGCUUUUGAACAUAUCAAAAAGAAAUUGGAUGCAUUUUUACAUUAAGAUGCAGUGUACUGUAAUGGCCAUCACAAUCUAUGUUUCUUCCAUAAAUACCACCCUUGAAUAUGUGGUUAUCUUUGUAGUUUCUUUGACACUUAACUGAACGACUUAGAUAUAGAUCUUCAUAAAUUUUGAUUAACAGGUACAGACUCUUGGUUUCUUAACUGUUAAGUGUGCCUCAUC